UGCCGGGUCGGGCUGUGGCCGUCGAGUGCCGUGAGGGAGGAGCUGCGGCGGGCGCGGGGAGAGCAGCGGCGGCUCCGGCCCGGCCCAGCCCGGCCCGGCCCGCCCGGGGAGCGCAGCGCCGGCGGAGCAGGUUUGGUACAGAUAUGAGUGCCCGGCUGCCCUGCUGCUCCCAUGCCCCAGCACUCCCUGCCCUGUGAUUUUGGAUUACAAGCUUAAGAAGUGAAUUACACAUCAGCUGGGAGAGCUGAUCCAGAUGGGGAGCGAGGGAAGGAUGGAGGCGUAGGAGCUCAUAACCCUUAACAUCUUCCUUUGUGAGCCAGAGGAUGUGUGGUGGGACCUGUGCUGAAUUUGCCUGAGGAUAAUGGAGUUGCUUGUCCUAUCUGAGAUGUGCUGAGCAAGGUAAGAAACCAAAAGCAACCUGCCUUUAUUGAAUUCUCAAGAACACAGCUGACCCUUUGGUACAUUACCGAGAUGCAUUAGGAAACUGGAUCUGGUGCCAAAAGAACUCCAUGAGUUUCCAUGACUCUCUUGAACUCCAACGUGGAUACUUUUGGAUAUAAAUUCCUGUUCUAAGGAGGAGAGUGUGUACUCCAACUCCUUUCUGCCAGCUUGCUGGCAGAGGUGUGUCACUAAGAUCAUGGACCAUCCUAAUAGGGAUAAGGAUGAAAGGCAGCGGACGACAAAAGGAAUGCCGGGAAGGAGCGGGCACGGAUCUCGGCCAAGCUCAUCGACCUCCUCCGGCGUCCUCAUGGUGGGACCCAACUUCAGAGUGGGCAAGAAGAUUGGGUGUGGGAACUUUGGAGAACUCAGACUAGGUAAAAAUCUCUACACCAAUGAAUAUGUAGCGAUCAAACUGGAACCAAUUAAAUCCCGGGCACCACAGCUUCAUUUAGAAUACAGAUUUUAUAAACAACUUGGAAGUGCAGCUGAAGGGCUCCCCCAGGUGUAUUACUUUGGACCCUGUGGAAAGUACAAUGCCAUGGUGUUAGAGCUGCUUGGUCCCAGCUUGGAAGAUCUGUUUGACCUCUGUGACAGGACUUUCACUCUGAAGACGGUGUUAAUGAUUGCCAUUCAGCUGAUCUCUCGGAUGGAGUACGUGCAUUCCAAGAACCUCAUCUACCGCGACGUCAAGCCGGAGAAUUUCCUCAUCGGCCGGCAGGGCAACAAGAAGGAGCACGUCAUCCACAUCAUAGACUUUGGAUUGGCCAAGGAGUACAUUGACCCUGAAACCAAAAAACACAUUCCCUACAGGGAGCACAAGAGCCUCACUGGAACAGCGAGAUACAUGUCCAUCAACACACACCUUGGCAAAGAGCAAAGUCGUCGAGAUGACUUAGAAGCCCUUGGCCAUAUGUUCAUGUAUUUCCUCCGAGGCAGCCUGCCCUGGCAAGGAUUGAAGGCUGACACCUUAAAAGAGAGAUAUCAGAAGAUUGGGGACACAAAGAGAAACACUCCAGUUGAAGUUCUCUGUGAGAACUUUCCAGAGGAGAUGGCCACGUACCUCCGCUAUGUGCGGCGAUUAGACUUCUUUGAGAGACCAGACUACGAUUACCUGCGGACCAUCUUCACGGAGCUGUUUGAGAAGAAAGGCUACACCUUCGACUACGCCUACGACUGGGUCGGCAGGCCAAUUCCUACUCCUGUGGGAUCUGUCCAUGUGGAUUCUGGGACCUCUGCAGUGACAAGAGACAGCCACAUCCACCGGGACCGACCAUCCCAACAGGCCCUUCGCAAUCAGGCAUCAUCGGAUCGCCGAGGGGAGUGGGAGAUCCAGCCGAGCCGGCAGACAAAUACCUCGUACUUGACAUCUCAUUUGGCUGCAGAUCGACAUGGAGGAUCAGUGCAGGUGGUGAGCUCAACCAACGGGGAGCUGAACGUGGACGACCCAACAGGAGCACACUCCAAUGCACCCAUCACAGCGCAGGCGGAGGUGGAGGUGGUGGAGGAAGCUAAGUGCUGCUGCUUCUUUAAGAGGAAACGGAAGAAGACGGCUCAGCGUCACAAGUGACCGGUGCCUCCUGGGCCUUGCAGGAACCACCACGCCUGCAGCUCCUGCCCUGUCUUACUGGAAGGGGCUUCUCUUUAGGAGGGAGGAGGAGGCAUAGGAGGAAGAGAGAAAAAUGAAAACAAAACAAAACAAAAAAAAAAAAAAACAAGUGACAUUUUAAACCAAAAAGAGAAGAAAACGUUCCAAAACAAACCACUCUGGGGUGGAUCUGCUGAAUGGUCUCCCUCAUUCACUCCAAGCCUGAAGCUCCUUUUGGGACCAGGACUGUGGCUGGCUCAGGUCUUGGUCGCCCUGGGAGGGGGGCUGGCUGGCUGACCCUCCUUCCCAUUGUUUACGGUGAAGGCAUCGUUGACGCAAACCUGAGGACUGUGCUUAGUUCCUGCUCACUUUCCUCCCCUCCCUCCCCUGCACUCUGCUCCUCUGUCCUCCUCCCUCCUUAAUUAAGUGAAGAAAUUCCAUAGGCUCGAUUGGCUGUGAAGAGGGCAGGAGGAUGCGGGACAGGCAGGAGAGUUGCUAAGAGAAGGGCCUGACUGCUGCAGCAGGAAGAGACAGGUUCUCUCUGUGGCUCCUUGGGAACAGUUACACUGUAAUGUGCAAGCUGUGAGAAAUUUGCAAUCUACUGUUCCAGUUAGGGUUUUUUUCCCUGCUCCCUUGACACCUCCCUCCUGUGACAGUAAGAGAGCAGUGUGGAUUGUUUUAAAGAAGCUGACGUCGUUGCACUUUUUAUUAUUUUUAGCAUUUACAGAUGCACAUUGUAUCUGUGGAUCUCUGCGUGGCCACGCCAGCGCAGGCAGACAUCCAGCGGGGAGGAUGGUGGGGUGCACGGAAAUGCCCUUGAUUGAGUGGGGAUGUCCACAACCCUCGUGCCAGUCUGGGGCUCCUGAUGCCCACCUUGGGCCGGGCGCUGAGGAAAGCAUACUUGAAUUUCCAAUCACCCUUCCUAGCUGCCAGUGAAUGUCCUUUCCAUGGUUUCCUACACCGUGCCUGACCUAGCUGGCCGGGAGAGGCGAGGCUGAUGCCCAGCAUGGCCUUGCCAAGCCAGAGAAAUUUGUGCUGGUCUAAGAGAUCAGGAUUGAGGUUCCUGGGAAACAGCCAUUUCCUGAAGCGUGGGUGUUUCUCGGUGUGGGUAGCCAGCCAGCCUUCCCAAAUCCCUCCUUGGGCUGGUUGGGAACUUUCUGCAAGAACAUAUUAGUGGGAGGAAAGCAUCCCCAGCAGGGGAGAGGAUACUUCAUGCCUUAACACUGAUCCCAUCUCCCGGUGGUCAGAUAGGUUUGACUGGAAUCGCCUUCACAUCCUCUCUCUGAGCACGGGGCAGGUGCAAGUUCAUACGCACCAUCCCACCCCCUGCAGCAGCCACAGUUCUCCUGCACCACUUUGAGCCAAACAAAUAGCAAGGAAAGGGCUUGGGGUACUUUGCACACCCAGAAAAACACUGAAAUCUUGCAUCCAUCUGCAGUGUUUCCUAAAUUGGAGAUGAGGCUGCCAGGGGUUACUGGAGAGGUGGCAGGGCUCUGGGAGAACUCGAGCAGCUUUGGGGAGGUUAUAAGUAAUUCGCUGGACUUUGUCUUUCCAUGUGUGACACCAGAUCAGCCUGGAAUAGUUCAGUUGUUAUAAACUUGGGCCUGGCUAACCCUAAAAUCAUGGAGAGCGUGAAGGGAGGAAAGGGAGAGACUAGAUCUCAUUCUUGUUUAUUCUAUUUAAUGCUAAGCUGUGUAGCUUGGAGUUCACAGAGCACCAUUGCCAGGAGGUUCAGUUUCCCUGGCUGGGUAGGAGCAGGCUUAGAAGGCAGCAGAUCAGCCUGGGCAGCAAGCUCUGGGCUUGCUCUUCAUGCAUUCCUGAGUCAGGCAGACACUGGUGUGGUGCCAGGGUGGAAAAGCCUCCCUCCUGGCCAGGAUCCCAGCAGGGCAUCUCUUCUCCAUUCUCUGCUGCAUUCUCUCCAUGCCUUAUCCCAGAGAGCGCAAUGGAGGCACAGAGCCGUCGGUUCAUGCAUGCACCUCCUUCCUCCCCCCUCAGCAAAGCGCUUUCCUCCAGCCAGGCCAUGGGCUGGGGUGGGAACAGGGCAGGAAGGGCACCACUCACCUCCCACAGGCACAUGCCAGGUGUGCAGCCCUGUCCCCUCCUGCCACAGGGAGGACGCGGCCAUGGGCACAUUCCACCUUUCUCCCUCCAAACUCCUCCGCUCCCAGAAGCUGCGUCUCUGGCACAGGCGUUCCUCUCUCUGCUGUAGGAAACCAUGGUUUGGCAUCUUGGGAGGGUGUCCAGGGGCACGGGCGCUCCCCGGGGAGCCGCCCUGCCUGCUGCCGACAGAGCUGGCCCUGAGACACUUCCGUUGCUGCCCUCCCAAGCCCCACUAAGUGCCUGUCACCAGAACUCGAUUCCUUCUGCAUCUCCUGCCGUGUUUGGUCAUUCCUUGCUGCCUCCACUCAAGGAGCAGCUUGUAGUUGCAGCAUAUGUAAGUGUUUGCAGGGUGAGGGAGGGCGGGGGGGAAAGGGGCCAUCUCAACAGGUUUUGUUCCUAAAUGUUUUUGGUUUUGUUUUGUUGUUUUUUGGGGGUUUUUUGGCUAUUUUUUUUUUUAAGUGAAUGUAUUUGAUCGUUUAGAAACUUUCCUGACCUUGUUUUUAAGUGGGUUGGUUUGAAAGCUGUUUCAUGGUGACCCACUACAGCUUCUCUCUGGAGAUACGGUGUUCUUUUAAUCCUACAAUGAUGUGUUUGUAGGGGAGGACUGUCCCCCCACGGCAUGCUGGUAAUGCUCACUUGUACCAAGCCCUCUUGCACUAUAAUCGUACGUUGGACUCUUCAAAAAAAGGGCAAAGAUGUGGGGUGGCUUUUUAACAAAAAAAAAAAAAAAAAGAAAAAAAAAGAAAAAAAAAAGAAAAUAAAGCAGGUUACCAGCAAGUCCUGUGCUUGAGGGAACCACUGUCCCCAGGGAGCUCGGAGGUGACAAGGAGACGCAGCCAGACUGAGCCAGCCAUGCUGUGGUAGGAUGUAGGGCAUUAACCUGGGCAAUCCCUCCUCUCCUUGCCGGGAGCAGUUGGCAGCCAGGAGACCCCAGGCAGGGGAGGGCUCCUGGGGGCUCCUGGUGCAGGUGCCUCUGACGCGGCUCUCGGCCCUCCAACGUUGCGAUGCAGUCUUCUGAGGUAUCAAGUGAGACGAUUUUUUUUUUUUUCCAAUAAAACAUUGCACUGCUGCA